CGCGACGGGGCGGGGCGCGGAGACCCAACCCAGCCUAGCCCAGCCCAGCCCGGGCAGGACUUGCAAUACCCGGACGCCCGGAACGCUCCGUCGGGAACGGCGCAGGUUCUAGCAGCUGGGGUUUCCCCUCAGCCCUCAAGCACCAUGUCCAACCCCAGUGCCCCCCCUCCAUAUGAGGACCUCAACCCCCUGUACCCUGGCUCUCCACCCCCUGGGGGCUAUGGGCAGCCAUCUGUCCUGCCGGGUGGGUACCCUGCCUACCCACAGCCUGGCUAUGGUCACCCUGCUGGCUACCCACAGCCCAUGCCCCCCAUCCACCCGAUGCCCAUGAACUAUGGCCCAGGCCAGGGCUAUGAUGGGGAGGAGAGAGCAGUCAGUGACAACUUUGGGCCUGGAGAGUGGGAUGACCGGAAAGUCCGACAUGCCUUCAUCCGAAAGGUGUACGCCAUCAUCUCCGUCCAGCUGCUGCUUACAGUGGCCAUCAUCGCCAUCUUCACCUUUGUGGAACCAGUCAGCGCCUUCGUGAGGAGAAACACAGCCAUCUACUACGUGUCCUAUGCUGUCUUCAUCGUCACCUACUUGACCCUUGCCUGUUGCCAGGGACCCAGACGCCGUUUCCCAUGGAACAUCAUCCUGUUGACCCUUUUUACUCUUGCCAUGGGCUUCAUGACAGGCACCAUUUCCAGUAUGUAUCAAACCAAAGCUGUCAUCCUUGCAAUGAUCAUCACUGCUGUAGUGUCCAUUUCAGUCACAAUUUUCUGCUUUCAGACCAAGGUGGACUUCACCUCAUGUACAGGCCUCUUCUGUGUCCUGGGAAUUGUGCUCAUGGUGACUGGGAUUGUCACUAGCAUUGUGCUGUACUUCAAAUACGUUUACUGGCUCCACAUGGUCUAUGCUGCACUGGGGGCCAUUUGUUUCACCCUGUUCCUGGCUUAUGACACACAGCUGGUCCUGGGGAAUCGGAAGCACACCAUCAGCCCAGAGGACUACAUCACUGGCGCCUUGCAGAUUUACACAGACAUCGUCUACAUCUUCACCUUUGUGCUGCAGCUGAUGGGGGAUCGCAAUUAAGGAGCAGCCUCCUAUUUCACCCUACCUUAGGCUCUCCCUUCCCUAGAGGGACAUGCCCUGAGACUGCUCAGGGCCUCAGACUCCUUCCUUCCACUCAAGUAAUAAUACCCAGUUUCCUUUCUGUCCUGGAGAUGGUGGUCUCUCUGGCUGUGGAUGGCUAGGUACCUGGUGGGGAUGGAGGAGCUGGGGACUAACUAUUACCCUUAGUGAGCUUGACAGGGACUAGGUUGAAGAUGUGUCUUCUCUCUUUUUCCCAGUAUAUGGCACCAGAUUAUUAUUAUAGCUGGGGCUGGGGGGAAAGCAAAAGGAGCCACUAUAGUAUAGAAAGGUAGAAGUGAAUUCAAGGUGAUAGGGUUCCCUCCCACCUUUGCCAAAGGCUUCUAGGCUAAGUAGCUGGAGCUGUUUCUUUAUCCAACCCUCAACAAAGCCAGAGAGCUUUGUCUCCAGCUUCAUGGACACAGAGGCCAUUAUUCUAUACUCCUUUGGCUUGGCACCUUUUAGCUCAGGAGGGUGGAAGAGAUCUGUGCCCAUGAGUCUUCUUGCUUUAACCCCUUCUUGUUUCAGUGACAUGCACAUACUGUCUAUCUGGGUGUCACAGGGAUGGGGAAAGAAGAAAGGAGUGAAGCCCAGGGGCUGGUCCAGAGCAGCAUCUAUCCUGGGCUGUCUUGUGAUGGUGGUAGAGUGAACAGGCUGGCUGCAGGCAUCUGGUCCCCAUUCUCCAAAGCUGCUUGAGGCCUCCCUGGGUGUUCUGAAAUCUCUGGUCAGAGUGAUCUCUUGCUUUCUGUGCUCAGUCCAUUUACAGGGAGUGAGGGGUAAAGCUCAGGAAAUGGGGUGGUUUAAGAAUUAUGAGGUCAGGACUUAAUCAGGGUGAAAAGAGACUAGGUGGAAGGCAAAGAAAAUGCUUUGGGGACCCCACUUGGUCUGAGACAUACUGAAGCCUACUGUGAUGUCCAAGAAGAUGUCUGCAUUCUUUCCUUCUGCACUGGGAGUAAGGUUGAUUUCUUCUCUUAAGUUUGCUCUUAAUUUGCACUGGAAGGUUUUUGGCUAGGACGCCAUCUCUCUAGCUGGCUACUGAUUUCUCUGUAAUAUCGAGUGCCUCAAGCUGGAAUGGGGAAGGGAGGACAAGGGCCAGUCUGUCAGGUGGGGUGGAAACGGAAUCAGCCCAAGGGUAUAGUUAGGAUUUCUUUAUUAAGUCCUUGAUCUUAAAUGUAUUACAUAAAGGGACACAACUAGAAAUGUAAUGAAGUUUUGUGUCUAGAA